AUGGCAUUAUCUUUAUUUAAAAAAAAAGAACCUAAGGAUGAAUCUAAAGCCACUGAUUCAAACAUUCAAGGAGAUGAAGAUAUAAAGGCAAAUAAUCAAUUGACUGAAUCGACUGCGGCUGAGUCUGAAGUAAAAUCUAACACAGAUAAUAAAAAGAAAAGUGAUAAAAAUAAAAAAAUAAAAGAGAAAAAAGAUUCAUCAGAUUCAUCAGAUUCAUCAGAUUCAUCAGAUUCUUCUUCUGAUGAGGAAGAAACAAAAAAAGUUGAACCCGUUCAAAAAAAAGUAGAAACCAAAGAAAAGAAAAAAGACGAUUCAGAUUCAUCGGAUUCAUCAGAUUCAUCAGAUUCUUCUUCUGAUGAGGAAGAAACAAAAAAAGUUGAACCCGUUCAAAAAAAAGUAGAACCUGUUCAAAAAAAAGUAGAAACCAAAGAAAAGAAAAAAGACGAAUCUGAUUCUUCAGAUUCAUCUGAUUCUUCUUCUGACUCAUCAGAUUCUUCUUCUGAUUCCGAAAAUGAAAAAAAUAAGACAAAAGAAGUGAAAUCAACUUUCCCCAUCGAAAAUAAUAAAAAAGAAUCUAUUUUGUUAGGAAACCAAAACAAAGAAGAUGGACAAGGAAAAAGAAAAAAUGAUAUUUCACUUGACAAAGGAAAAAAUAAAAAACAAAAAUUAGGAAAAGAAAACAAGAAUCAAAAUGGAAUUAAUAAUAAGCAAAAAAAAAAUAAUGGAAUAGAUUCAAUGGCAAAUAACGAAACAAGCAAUAACCAAUUUAAUAAUAAAAAAGGAUAUAUAAUUACAAUUAACAAUAUAAGUAAAGAUCAAAGUUAUGACGAUUUAAACGCAUUUAUAAAAAAUAUAUUAGGUGAAUCAUAUAACGAAGAAGAAAUGAUGCUAGGAAUCAGUGCUUACUAUAAUUGUGCAUUUGUCUUUUGUCAAACAGAUGAUAUUAAAGAAAAAUUAUUAUUUAAAAAUAAAGAAAAAUUUAAAGGUGCUCCUCUUAUUAUAUCUGAAGGAAAUUUAUCUCCAACAAUAUAUAUAUAUACAUCAAAUCCAAAAUUCAAUGAUACAGAUGCUAAAUCUUUAUUUGGAGAAUAUGGAAAUGUAACUAAUUUAUAUGUAUAUGGAAAUAACAAUAAUAAUAAUAAUAACACGCAGACAAAAAAAACUAAAGUUAAGAUUACAUAUGAUUCACCACAAGGAGCUUUAAAAGCAUUAGAAAAAGAUGGAUAUUUAUGGAGAAACUAUUAUAUACAAGUUACUCCAUCUAUAACUGCUAAUGGUGAUUCAGGAUUUGGUGGUAAUAAUAAAGGGGAUAGAAAUAAUUAUAAUAAUGGAAAUAAUGGGUUUUUUAAGAAAAGAGGUGGAGGAAAUGGAGGGAAAGGAUUUUCCGGAAAAAAAUUUGGAAACAACUUCAAUAAUCGAGACAAAAACAAUUUUAAUAAAAAACCAUUUAACAAUUUUAAAAAUAAAAAAAAUUUCGAACAAAAUUACGAUCAAAAUUAA